CUUUGUAAUUUUUUACAGACCAAAAAAUGGUUACAUUAACUUCAGAAAUUGUUGUAGUAGUUUUGUCUCUUUGGUAACAUAAAAUAUUUGCAUACAAACUGCAUUGAAGUAGUUUACUCCAAUCAAACGUGAUGAUAAUAGUAACUCUAUUUUAUACAAAAGCAACAAGUCCUCAAUCAAAACACUAAUCAAUCUAUCAAACGAACCCACGACCUCCCAAUCACUGGUAGGCCCGAGCCACAAAGCGUCGUCUUAAGGUUCAUCGCUCCCGGUGUUGUUGGUUCGUUUUGAUGGGAGUGCUGCAGGCACACAGGCAGAUUUUUCCGCUAUUGGUUGCAAGCACUUUACCAUUGUUAUCAAUCAACCGGACACACAACUGUCUUUGGAUUGCUGUUUAGGUUUGAAGUUCUUAUAUGUCUUGUGUGCUGACGCUCAGCAAUGAACGUGCCGAUGAACGUGAACUGGCGCUCUCGUGGUUGCAGCAUGCGACUGCCACCCGAUCGGCGCGUCGGGGCGCACGUGCAACCAGACGAGCGGCCAGUGCCCGUGCAAGGACGGCGUGGCGGGCGCCACCUGCGACCGCUGCGCCAAGGGCUUCCAGCAGAGCCGCUCGCACAUCGCGCCCUGCGUCCGGAUACCCAAGAUGCCGAACGUGAUGAUGGCGAUGGCUGGCGUGGGACGCACCGGACAGGAUGGCAAGCGUGUGGGCGAGAGCGUGGGCGAGGGCGUGGGUGAGGGCGAGGGCGUAGGCGAGGGUGAAGGUGUGGGCGUGGGCGAGGGGGUAGCCGGGGGCAUGGGCGAGGGCGUGGGCGAAGGCAAGGGCGUGGGCGUGGGCGAGGGCGUGGACGAUGGAAUGGGGGAGGGUAUGUGCGAGGAUGAGGGCGAGGGCGAAUGCGAUGGCAUGGGCUAG